UCAGAACAGGGCCUGGCACCUAGUAAGCGCUUAAUAAAUACCACUGAAAGUAGAAAAAGUGUACUAUAAUGGUCACAAUCCCCGCUCACAGUGAGCUUACGGUCUAGAGGGAGCCGAAACAGAGCCGUGUUUUUCCCUCCUUCAGUCCGCGGUGCCUGUGGCCGACGGCCCCCUGCCCCCGAGGCCCAAUGAACCUGGCGACCAUGGCAGCGGGGGUGGCGGAGCCCAAGUGGACAUGGGCCUGGGGCUGGUUCCGGUGGGCAGCGCUCCUGGGGGUGCUGCUGGGGUCCCUGCUGAUGCUGCUGCUGCCCCGGGGGAGCAGGGAGGAGCCGUGCACCCUGGUGCUCAAGGGACUCACCCUACUCCGGAGCAGGCUGGACGGCGGGCACCGAGCCGCCGCCGGCAAACCCGGCCCUCCCAUCACCGCCGCCACCGGGCUCAGCGUCACGGCGGGCGGGGUGGACCUGCUGGUCGUCAAACAGAAGCCCUCCGCAGAUGUCCAGCUGGAGGCCAAAGCAGCUCUGAAGCAGGCGCUGGAGAUGAAGCGUCAGGGCAAGCGGGCGAAGGCCCACAAGCUCUUCUCGCACGCCCUGCGGAUGAACCCGGACGACGUGGAGGCGCUGAACGAGUUCGGCAUCUUCUCCGAGGAGGAGGAGGACAUCGUCCGGGCCGACUUCCUCUACGGCAAAGCCCUGGCCCUGUCGCCCUGCCACCAGAAGGCCCUGAGGAACCGGGACCGGACGCUGCCCUUGGUGGAGGAGAUCGACCAGCGGUACUUCGGCCUGCUGGACGCCAAGGUCAAGAAGGUGAUGGCCGUCCCCAAGGGGGACUCGGCCCUGCGCCGCGUCAUGGAGGAGGCCUACUUCCACCACAUCUACCACACGGUGGCCAUCGAGGGCAACACCCUGACCCUGGCCGAGAUCCGCCACAUCGUCGAGACGCGCUACGCCGUGCCGGGCCGCAGCCUGGAGGAGCAGAACGAGGUGGUGGGCGUCCACGCCGCCAUGAUGUUCGUCAACACCACCCUGCUGGCCCGGCCCGGGGCCGUGACCCUCCGCGACGUGCUGGACAUCCACCGCCGGGUGCUGGGCUACGUGGACCCCGUGGAAGCGGGCCGGUUCCGGCGGAGCCAGGUGUUCGUGGGGCACCACGUGCCCCCGCACCCCCGGGACGUGCCGCGGCAGAUGGAGGAGUUCACCCAGUGGCUCAACUCGGAAGACGCCGCCAGCCUGCACCCGGUGGAGUUCGCCGCCCUGGCCCACUACAAGUUCGUCUACAUCCACCCCUUCGUCGACGGUAACGGGCGGACCUCGCGCCUGCUCAUGAACCUCAUCCUGCUGCAGGCCGGCUACCCGCCCAUCACCAUCCGCAAGGAGCAGAGGGCCGAGUACUACCACGUCCUCCAAGUGGCCAACGAAGGGGACGUCCGGCCCUUCAUCCGCUUCAUCGCCCAGUGCACCGAGACCACGCUGGACACGCUGCUCAUCGCCACCACCGACUAUUCCGUGGGGCUGCCCGAGGCGCGGUCUCCGGGGCCGCCGUCGGACGGCCGGACCAUCCCAGUCAAGACCUGACCCCUCUCGGGGCGUCCGGUGGGAGCGGGGAGCCGAGCGUCCUCCCUCCGGGACUCGCUUCUCGCUCGGCUGCACCUUACCUCAGACGUUUCUCCUUACGUGCUAAAUUAAGCCCGGCCCCCCACGUUUUAAUUUAUUCUGCCCAGUUAUUUAUUUUGUUCUCCCGCGUUAGCGGACUAAAAAAUGCCAAGGCUGCGAGUCCCCGGAGGCACGAUGGACGGACACCGGGAUGACUGUCGCGCCACGGUCGGAUCGCGUGCUCCCCGCCUCAAAGAGGCGGGGCCGGAGCAGAGUCUCCCAACUAAAUGGCCCGUGGGAAUUUUUCGCCACACUGAAGCAGGGGGCUUUGGGGGCGAGGUGGAAAGAAACGCCGGGAACAGGUCAAGGGAUCUGUUUUCCCGGAGAGGGUCGGUACCUUUUGAGAACCAGAUGUAAAUUUUGAAGAGCAAGUUGGCUGCUCUUCAUUUCCGACGUCUGGGUCGGUCCACUGGGGGUGAGGGGAGGCCCGUCGCAGGCUGGGUGGAAGGAUGAGAAUUUGGAUAUUAACUUGGGGGUUUGUUGGAUAACAGUUUGAUUUCACGGCCUGUUUAUUGUCAGGAAACCCAACCUUGGUGACCGGAAUGUUAUUUUGUGUCUUCAGCCUCUAAUGUGCGUUUAACUGGAUAUUCCCCGCCCACCCUCCCCUCUCCCCCCAUUUUUUCUCCAUUUCAAGCUCCACAGAGUUCCGUAGACCCACCUGUUAAUAAAACAGCUGUUUGUCUACCAGAACUGGCCCUGACCAACCAGAUUCAAACUAGAAACUGGACAAUUGUGGACAGUAAAUUGAACAGUUGUGGACAAUGUCAAUCUUUUGUCUCUCCACCCCAGCAUGAUUUCCAUCCCCGUGCUGGAAACGUUUUUCUCACCCUAGUAAGGUCUGGCUCUGAGAAACUGCUACCAGUGUAGAGGACACUCCAGGUAGAAACUCCACCCCAUCACUCCCCGUGUUCUUGAAAACAUGGUUUUCCCACACUGAUGGCGAGCUCGUUCUCUUCUUCCAGCUCCGGAGUUGGUCCCCUGCAUGCUGCGUGAAGGGGUUUAAAUGUUUCUAGCACCUUGGAAGGAGGUAAAAUGUUACAAAGUUACAGUUACAUAAAAGUCAGCUACAUCCUGCGGCCUACAUCUCAUUUGCUAUGGGCAGGGUUUGGGCUCUUUGUGACCCAAAAGCUAACCGGAUUCCCUACAGGGACUGGAGCUCCCGAAAAAUUAAAUUUUCUGACGGCAGUACCCGCCUACAACGAAUGUACCUAGAAAUGCUGGAGGGCUGCCUCGGAAACUUUUAAACUUCCCCAUUCUGGGUUCGAUCUGGCUGAAGACUUCUCACUUAAGAUAUUCUGGUUACAUCAAAAUACAACCAGGAGUGACAAUGAGGGAGAUCGGGGAGAGUCUUUAGAGGGAUGAGUUUCCCUGCUAGGCCCAGGCAUUAAGCUGACCUGUAUAAAGGAUGUUCGCCUUUCUAAAAAGGCAACGUGCUUUUACUUCAUGACGUUACUUCGUCCCUACUGAAUCCAGACCUAGGAAGUAUACGGUCUUGGGAAGACAACUCACGAGAUGAGCCGAAUGGCAACCUGAUCGGAAAAAAAGACACUUUAUAGUUUGACUGCAAAAUGAGUGGUUUGCACUUUAGCUGUGUCCAAGAUGUUAUUUUAACCGAUUAUUCUAAUAAACUAUUUUAUUAAGUAAA